AUUCACUCGCUUGUCUGCUUAGCAGACAGCUAUUUAAGAGAAAAUAUAGGUUAAAUAGAGAAGAGUUCAAGACAUAAAACCUCUAAAAUGUGGUUCAUGAACGCCUUGUCAGAUAAUUUCUUGGUACAAUUAGCUGGAACUGGUGGAGGAGUUUUAAUGUUAUUAUAUUUUCUUCAAAGAAUAUUAAACAGGAAAAGAUUGCUAUUAGCAGAAUUGAGAAGAAAGAAGAAAGUGGAUAGAGAGGAAUGCUUUAAAAAAUAUCGUAAUUAUUUGGAUAAACAAAACGUAUUUAUUUAAAUUCUGCCUUCUUUUGAAUAUAAAAUCUAUACCAAAAAAUAUAUUCUAUAUAUAGAUUUCAGAAGAAACUAUAUCAGAAAUGGUAAAUCAAAAGUUUAUGGAUCUUGUAGAAGGGUACAAAACUGGUAAACUAGAUCCAGAGUUAAUUUUGAAGUCAUAUCAAAUUAAGGUUGACGACAUGAUAUUAAAAAAAAGUCUUUUAAUCCAUUUUUUAUUAUUGUAAAUUAUGUUAUUUAUUAAAAUAAGGCUUUGGAAAUUCAUGAUAAGACGAACUGCUUGACUGAUCCGAUAAUCGAGGCCAGAGUAAGUAGGCUUAAAUAAUAUUCUUUUUCUUUUUUUUCCUACUUCAAUGAUAGUGAUUUGAGGAAGGCAUAUAAAUAUUUGGAAUUUUCUUUAAAGCCCUCCAAUGCAAAGGGAGCUUUUUAUGGCAUUCCACUCAGCGUGAAGGAUAAUUAUCAAAUUAAGGUAUUUUAUGAUAUUUUUCGAUACAAGUGUAUGACUAACCAUUUUACGACCUUUUUUUUCUUCUAUCCCUUCCUUUCUUUCCCGUGUUAUCUUCAUUACGCAUCUCAACAUAUCUUCCCUAACUUUGUUAUAUUGCGAAAAAAAAAACAUUAGGGUUAUCAUACAACGUUAGGCUGUUCAAAGUAUCUAUCCGAAACGGCUGAAGAAACUUCAACUUUAAUAGAGUUUUUGGUAAAAAAUGGAGCUAUACCAUUCGUAAAGACAAAUAUACCGCAAACACUUGUAAGAAAUAAGGAUCUAAGAAUAAAUAAAAGAGCAUUUUUCAAUGCUAGUAUAGAAUUUUUUAUUAUCCGCUCGUCUUCUAAUCGCCCACUUAUUGUUCAUCCAGUUGCAUUCAGUUAUUGUAGAAUAGAAAAGUUUAUGUUUCUUAUCCAAUCCAAAGAUUUCCUUUAUCCGAGAGCUUUCUCAUCUUGCCUGAUCAAUAAAGUUUAUUUAUUUUGUCCAACGGAGGAUGAGGAUGAAGACGAACGUUUUAUCACUUCUGUAAAUAGACUAUUACAAUCUGGAGGUGGGCCGAGACAUUUAUAUAUUCGAUGUAAAUUAAUAACUAAGAGUUUAAAUUUUCGAAGAGAUAGACUACAGGAAUUGAUUAUUUUUGCCCAAGAUAAAACUCUUGCCUGCCAACUCCUAACACCAAUUCUAACAGAGUUGAAUGAAAGGAACUUGAUAUGCGAUCGUCUGAUGAAUUCAACGUUAGAUUAUAAUUCCAAGGUUGUAUUCCGUUUGAGAUCUGUCAACCGAAACAAUUUCAUAUCAUUGAUUAUCGCAUCGUUAAUUCGUCAUGUCAAAUUGGGCGAUUGUUACCUAAUAGUUUCCAAAUUAAAUGGUAAAACUCGAUUCACAUGCUAUGAAAAUUCUUUUGAGAAAAAAGAUAGAUUAGAAAUAAAACUUGUUAAAUAUAACAAUUCUAAAAAUGUCUUAAUUAGUUGUCGAUGCGAUCCUUUUUUUCCUUUGAUAAAUUGGACUGAUGAUAUUAUUGAUCUCCCUUCCCAAUCUACACAAAACCCAACGGUUUACACCCGUAUUAAGAGAUUAACACCGCUAAACGGGGAAGAUUAUCUUUUCAAUUUAAUAAUUGCGUCUACUUGUCUCCUACUAGUUCCUUUAGUAGUUGGUAUAAAUAUAACAAAGGAAGUUGUAAAAAGACGGAUUGCCUGGCUAAAACGUCCAAGAAAAGAAGGUCUAUUAGACGCUAUUGAAGCUCAACUAGAACAAUUAAGUAAAGAAACUCAAUCAUCAAUUACUAGUCAAACAACUAGAGAUACAUCAUCAGAUUUUGCAUCAAUUAUCGAAGAAGAAUUGUUGUUUUUCUACCGUAAAAAACUUUGGGAAACUAAUAAUCCAAUCUAUGGACCAACAAAUUUAUUGGGCUUCAGUAAUCGUAACCCAGGAGGUAGCUCGGGUGGAGAAGCUGUUCUACUAAGUGGUCAAGGCUCUAUCUUGGGAGUAGGCUCGGAUAUCGGAGGAUCUCUUAGAAUCCCAUCUCAUAUGGCUGGUACAUGUGCGCUAAAAUUAACUCCGAAUAGAAUUGGCAGUAGGAAGAUAAAAGGUGUCCAGGUCGGACAAGAAGUAGUUAAAUCUUGCUACGGUCCUAUGGCUCGUGAUAUAGAUACUAUACGCUAUUUUCUUGAGAAUGUACUAGUAGAUGAAUACUUUAAAAUGGAUCCACUUGCUUAUCCUAUCCCAUUUAAUAAAGAGAUGUAUAACUCAACAAGAAAACUAAAAAUUGGAUAUUAUGAUUCCUUGAAUUACUGCAAAUCAUUUCCAGUAGUGCGAAGAUCUAUAAAAAUGGCAAAAGAACAACUUGAGAAGAAAGGAUAUGAGCUCGUGCCCUUCGAAUUACCUGACGUCGAAUAUGCUUUAUCACUGUUUAUAAUUUCACUCUAUGGUGAUAAUGGAAAAUCUAUUGCAGAUGCUACAGAGCAUGAUGAACUUUCAUCAGCCAUCAAAAUAUCAGCGACACUUUGUCAAAUAGCAAAACCAAUGAAAUAUAUAAUUGGAUAUAUCGCAAAAUUGAUAAAACCCGAUUUAGGGCGGGCUGUCCUUGAUCUCUUGCGCAUACGUUCAGUUUCGGGUUGGUGGAAACAUACUCAUGAAGCGAACAUGUAUAGAAAUAAGGUAUGGGACAAGUGGAAUAGUUUGGGUUUGGAUGCAGUUUUAUGUCCUACAUUCCCCUGUCCUGCUGUAGAAUUGGGUAAAUUUAGUUUUGCUGCCUCUGCCUCCUUCUACACUGGUAUCUACAAUCUGUUAUCCUGUCCAGCUGGAAGCCUACCGAUGACGAAAGUAACGGCGGAAGAUGAAAUGGAAUCUAAAAAGUACCAAUCAGUUACAACACCUGAAAAAGUUUUAAAGGAUCAAUGUACAUCUGGAUCGAUAGGCCUAUCUUGUAGCGUUCAAAUUGUUACAAAACCGUUCCAAGACGAAUUGUGCUUACGAAUAAUGAAAGAUCUUGAAGUAUCAAGUGCAUGA